AUCUCCAGUAAUCACAGCUGAUCUCCUGUAAUCACAAUGAAAGUAGUAGCUCUACAUAACCCUCACUCAAGUAGAGUGAACUUUUGUUGCGAUGAAAACAUAGAUGACCUAUGCCAAGUACAAGAAUUUUAAUAAACUUUGUAUCAGAUCCAGGGGCGGACUGACCAUUUGGAAACUUGGGCACUGCCCGAGGGCCCAGGAUGCCCCUGGUACCUUUUUCAUAGGCUUUUUUGAGUUUGGGCAAGGACACAGGGGCCCUAUGAUCCCCUAUUGCCCGGGG